GAGGAAGACUGUCACACACGAUACAAUGGAAAUUUGGCUGCUGUUAACAGUACUAGGAAUGGUUUCCUCCACUUCCACAUUGAUCUCACUAGUAGAAAAUGGAACUGAACCAAAAGACAUUCAGGAAGGGUCUUCUGUGUCUCUACUCUGUCACUUGUUCACCAAUAGCUCAGGACGUUGCAUUGUUACUUGGUUCUUCAACUCUAGUACAACCUUUAAGAUCCAAAACCUUUCCACGCAAAGGUUCAGUGACUGCAAUGAACAGAAAGUUCACACUGUUCACAAUGUUUCCCAAAAUCAGAGUGGAUUGUACUUCUGCAAUUCUACAAAGGACAUUCCAAUUCUUGAAAAUGAACUCAGUGGCAAGACACAGCUAAAUGUCGAAAAUAGUUUAUUGGAGAUCACAUCACUACCUGGUGUUACUGAACAAGUUCCUAAGAAGCGUCCUUUUAUGUGGAGUGACUGGUGGAUGUGGAUCACACUGGGAGCUGCAGGACUUGUUUUAUUGAUUUUGGUGUUAGUGUGUUUCGUGCUGAGAAGAAGACAGCUCAAACAAAGAGAUUUAGAUUGCCGGAUCUACGCCAACAUGCACCCGGUGAACUGCAGAAAACAGCCCUCUCCACGAGUCGGACCCCCAGAUACGCCUAACACACUGAAAAUGGACUCAUCCUACCAAAACCUGCGCACUCCAGACGUGGGCAUGAGAUACGAGCAGAGCAGAAGAGUCUCGCCACGCCAAUGACAUUACACUGACACUGACAUUAAGCACUGUUCUCAUGCAUGUGGCAUAUUUUGCAGUUUGUGUUAUAAUGUUGUUCCUCAAUUAGGCACUAGAGGGAAGUCAAGGUGUCAGAACGGCAACAUCUGUAUUUUUCAUGCUAAUGUACAGUUGUAAUAUAUAUAUUUUUUCAGUUAAACAUAGACUACGCAAUAAAUAAAAAAUAUAUUUUAUUUCA